ACUUAAAUGUGAAAGUAGAUAGUUUCAGGUUACUAUCGAAGUUUACAUGUUUGAUGCUGCCAAAAUAGUUUGUUUUAAUGCGCCAAAGCUUAGUAGUGUCAUAGCAGUCACUCUGUGACACUGGCAAAAUAAUGUCAAAAGCCACAUUGUGGGACAGCAUAGUUUCAGGCCGUGCAAGCGAAUAUCUAACACAUUUUAUAUUCCCCUGUCUCCUACCAGCUAUGGAAGAAAUGCUUAAAAAAGCUCAAGAAUCACGUUGUUUUGAGAAGAAACGUUUUGGAUUCAAUGGUUUGGACUUUUUAACCCUAUAUUUAUACAAAAAUAACACAUAUACUAAAGACAAUAGAACUGCCCUGCAAACAUUAUCCGACAUUCCAUGGAUUUCAAAAGAAUGGGAGACAAAUCCACGAAAACCACUACCACUCAGCUUACAAUGGUCAGAUGAAGAGGCGGCUAUCAAAUUACAAUCCUAUUGGAGAGGUUAUCUAGUAAGACGAAUACCUGAGGUAUGUGAACUUCGACAAUGGCAAUCAGAAUGGAGAAGAUAUAAUCGUAUGAAAGAGGAACAAUCAGAAAAAACAAUCACCUAAAUCUUAGUAGUGUUUACUAUGCAGUCUUUAAACAGAUGAGACUAAUGUGAAUAUAUUCUUCAUUUUGAUUAUGCAUCAAAUAUAAAUUACUGAAUCUAAAUAAAGUGUUAUAUAUAUGCGGGUGUGGAACUUCUACAUUGUCGUAGUAUGGAAUUUUAUAUUGAUCUGUUUAUUAGACAUGUCACACAAUGACUGGUAGAUAGCGACUGGCAGUGGAAUCCACAAUACACAUUUCGUCCUGUUUGGGACUCGUCCUCCAGCUGGAUGUACCUGCAUUCCCCAGUGAGUGAUGAUGUUCCCACCA